AGCCUCCGUGUUUCCGCAAUUCAGGCAUAGUUCAAACAUCACAAUAGGCUAGGGUUAGCUGACGACUAGCUCUGCACGUUUCGGGCAAGCUCCUUUUGACAUUGCCUUGCGGAAGAACGCGAGCUGGUCACCAUGGCGCUGCAGGCGACCUCGCAGCUUGCUCGUCAUGUCAUUAGCAAGACGUUGGGCGGUGCCUUUGCGACGAAGGCUGCCGAUGUGGUUCCCACUUUCGACUGGAAGAAGGUCCCUGUGCCUUCUACAACCGCGAAGGACAUUCCAGUGACAGUUAAGGGUGCCACGCCAGCUGGCGACCUGCGGGCGACCUCGGGCCUGGGUCUGGGCGAUGGAAUCAAGAACCACACCGACAAGUGGCUGGAUGGUGACAAGAAGUCGCCCAUGGAGUACAUCAACGAGGUGGCGCCCAUCAAGGUCAAGGGCCUGGUGGUGGCGUCCUACGGCAGCGACGACCCCGCCCUUGGAUGCCCGGUUGAGUACAUCAACCUGAAGGGCACCUCCCUUGAGAACCCCGCCGUGUGCAAGUACACCGGCAACCGCUACUACUCGGACGACUGGAAGGGCGGUGCUGCCCACCACUGAACCUGCUCGUCACGAGGCGCUGCAUGCCUGGUACGCUCGGCCGUGCCGCGGAACUUGAGUGCACUUGCUGGCAGCUGAGAAGGCAGGGGCGUCCAGGACAAUGUGCUUACUGCUGAGCUUGGCAAUGGAGGCAUGGCAGGGGCUGGGCUGUGUCCGUAGGGUGGUGUUUGUGGAAGUCUGGGGCACAGCUUCACGUGCUAGAAAGUGUGAGGCAGAGGAGUGGGGGAGGAGGCAGGAGGAAAUGAGAGGCUUAAACAAGUUCAGAGUUUGAGGUGUCCAUUACCAGUAUGGCGCCCGUGUGUCAUGCACCGUCAGCGUAGUUAGGCUGGUUCUUAGUAACCAUGGCAUUAUGGCAAUGCGUCCGCGUGAUUGUACUGUACCUUAUGGACCCAUAAGGCUAAAAGAUGUGUAAUGAGUAGCAAGC